CUGACGUACAUAUCUUGGUGUUUAAUAUCAUAUCCUUGAAAACGGUUGCUUAACAAUGGCAAUGGCUGCGACAAUAAGUAGACUAUCAUAUAGCAAGUCUUGGAAUAGGUGCCCACGAUGUCUAUUACAAGCUUUACCGAUGCUCAAAGAUGGGUCUAAGUAUCGGAAGUCCACCCAGUUUACUUUAACGACGAAUGUUGUUGCGCAUAAUCCCAUAAUGAACUGCAGGAGAUAUGUGAGUAAUAUGAAUAGAGAAAGACGUGCGUUUUGGGCUCUGGACUCGAAGAGCAGAACAAAUGAUGUUCAGCACAGUCCGGGCGGAGGUGCACGAAUAGCACCCAUCGAGCUUUCUGGAAUUGUAAAGGUUAAGGGGCAACAAAGCACACAUCAAUCACGUAGUUCAGCAACAAGUAGGAGCUGUCAAGAUGCAGACAGCGGCGUACCUGUUAAGUGCACAUUGGGACCAAAGCACAAUAUAUCAGUGGUUGAUGCACCAGUAUCAGUCAAGAAAAUGAUAUCAGUCAAGAAAAUGGCAAUGGCUACUAAAAGCACAGGAAACUACAGAAAAGCGGCGCUAAAAGUGGAUUCUCUCGUAGCCAACAGGUCGCUACACUCAUCUGACGCAUAUUACGCAAUUAUUAUAUAUAAGCAGAGUAGACAGCCAGAGAAGUGCGUGCAGGUACUGGAGUAUAUACAAGAGAAAGGGGAAAAACUUACAGCUUACCAUUACGCUCUCUGUAUUGCUGCGUUGAGUACCCACAACAAGUACUCGAAGGCCUAUGCGCUCUUCGAGGACAUGCAGACACGCGGUGUUGUGUUGGACGUGGCCACGUACACCACUGUGGUACAAAUGCUUCUGAAGGCGAGAGAGCUCGAUGCAGCGUCGGAAAUAGUUUAUAAAAUGGCAACGGAUGGCUGUAAACCCAAUGCAAGGACAUACACUGUGUUGAUGGCUGCGUUCAGUAGGGCCGGUCGAUGGGACGAUGCGCUCAGAUUUUUUGGAGAGAUGGAGUCGAAAUGUGUUACACGAGACGCUAUUGCAUACAGCUCUGCAAUUUCUGCCUGCCAUAAGGGAGGCCACUGGGAACGGGCGAUAGUUUUUUUCGACGAAAUGGGGAGAAAGGGAUUCAAGCGAGAUAUGACUACAUAUAGCGCUGCCAUCUCGGCGUGCGGGAAAGGACACAACUGGCGCAAGGCUAUAGAGUUGUUUGACGAGAUGAGAAAGAAUGGUAUACGACCCAACAUGAUCGCUUACAGCGCUGCUAUUUCUGCGUGCGAAAAAGGAUAUCAGUGGACUAAAGCACUGAAGUUACUGGACGAAAUGACGCGCAAGGGAGUCAAACAGGACACGAUAGUCUACAGUGCGGCGAUAUCCGCCUGCGACAAAGGAAGACAGUGGGGCAAAGCAAUCGAGCUGUUCGAUGAGAUGGGGGCGAAGGGCAUUAAACGCAACACCAUCGCAUACACAGUUGCCAUAACUGCUUGCAACCAUGCUAAUCGGUGGGAGAAGGCCGUUGAGAUCUUCGCCGAUAUGGACAUCAAUGGUAUUGUGCGUGAUACAGCGGCAUACAAUGCUGCCAUCUCUGCCUUUGGGAAAGGGAGACAAUGGGAGAAGGCUAUCAUGCUAUAUAACGAGAUGGACAGCAAAGGACUGCAACCUGAUACUAAAACGUACGGGGCUGCGAUAUCUGCGUGCGAGAGGGGUCAGCAGUGGCAGAAGGCGCUCGCGCUAUAUCACGAGAUGAGCGCUAAUAGCGUCGAGAGAGAUCUAGUGAUCUACCGCGUCGUCAUACGGGCACUUGCCUCAGGUGCCAAUGCACACGGUCUGAUUGAUAGUGUCUAUGAAGACUUGAUCGUAAACUUCACCGCAUACGGGCGGUUUUGGAGUCGGUUUGAGCGCGAGGGGGUCCUGGACUUGCACACCCACACACAGCUGGAGGCACAGUCUGCUGUGCGACGCCUGCUAACGCUACUGCAGCACAGGUGCAAGGACGGCUCUCCCGCAGACGUGACAAGUAUCAUCGUCGGCCAGGGCAAAAAUAGUGUGAGAGAACCAGUGUUACUGGCAACUGUGCAAAGGCAGUUGAAGAAUCUGACCCCGUCUAUUGCGUCCCAUCCGAUGGAGGCGAAUACGGGCCGCUUAGUGGUGGACCGGAGUGAUCUGGUUGCCUGGCUGAAGCAGAAUGCGUCAGAGGAUUUUGCACCGGCGACUGGUUUCUAAGGAUAGCUAUGGUUUUGACUGGCGGGGCUUAUUAAUUGAUUAUUACGUCAUCUCACUUUUUGGGCUCUGUCCACGAGUCUCAUUAAGUGUGCUCCGUCGUCUACCGAACAAAUUUUCUACGACAAUCUAAUGGCGUCGUUUUGUGGUACUGUCAAUUGUAGUCAUAUGUUUAGUUGCUCAUGGCCACACGCGUAUCCAAAUAUGCAUAUCAGAAUAUGGUUCUCAUAUUUUCUUGCAUUCAAGAUCAGAAUAAACACCCUACGCACAUCUAUGAC